CGCUGUUUCCGUGGGAAGAGCUCGCUCGUAAAGGCCGCGUCGGCUUUUUGCUUCGACAAAUUAAGAACCGGAAGUUGGCGAAAGAUGCGGAGCUUUUAAUCUCACUGAAGCUGGUCUGACUGAGGUUUUGAGACUAGCAAGAUGCGUUCCAGUGUAGAUGGACAGCCAGCGAGCGAAGGAACGAAUCAUAGCAACAACAUCAACAACAACAACCGCAACAGGACCAACAGUGAGAACAAUGGGAACUCAGGUUCCCAGUAUGCCUUGUGUGCUCUAGGCGUCGGUCUAAUCGCGCUCGGCGUUGUGAUGAUCGUGUGGAGCAUUGUGCCUGCAGACCCAUUUGUUACUAACAGCAGUUCAAGUUCAGGAGGAAGUAAUGUCAUCGAUACCAGGAAAAAUAAAGCAUCUUCCGUGGCCUUCGUGCUGGCGGGCUCUGGCGUGGCGAUGCUGUUGCUGUCCCUGUGUUUGGGAAUGAGGAACAAACAACGGGAGCAGCUGAGAAACCAGGAGAUCCAGAAUCAGAGAGAAGCAGCGACGAGGGCACAGGAGGAGAGAGAAACUGCGGAGGAGCAAGCCCGACGUUACGCCGUACCCAGCUAUGAAGAGGCAGUAUGCAGCGACCAGUAUCCUGUCCGUCAGAGCAACCUUCGUCCGAGCAUCUCACAGCUGCCAUCUUAUGAUGAGCUAGUUCAAGUCGAUGGCAUACAGUACGAGAAUGAAGGGUCAGAGGUCACAACUACAAUAUCGCCGCCUGCUCAGUCUUCAAAUGCUGCUGUUUCCGCAAUAAAUCAUAGACCUAGCAAAAAUAGCCUCAAGCUUCUUCCUAUCAAAAUCCGAAGGAUUAAGUCAGAGAAGCUGCCCAUGAAAACCACUGGCAGCUCUCAGCCAACUCCUGGAAUCAGUAUUGAACCUCUUACCCCGCCGCCACAGUAUGAGGAUAAAGUGCCUCCACUUUAA